ACAUUCCCUCCCGGCUGGAGACUCAAUUGACAAUGAAUUCAUACAACUCGCUUCAAGCCUCUCGUGGGUAACAUUUUACAUUCUAGUUGCACAAAAAUAUCUGGAAACACAUGUCUCUCCUUAAGGGCAGGGACAACCCUUUUGAGUCCAAUAGAUCCGCUAAUCCAGGCAGAGCACCCGUUGUAUUUACAGGACCAAAUGCAUCAAGCAAUUAUAGAACAAAACACGCAGAUUACCCAUACUAUAUCGGUGAGAGUAGGUAUAUCUCCCCUGAAAGUACCGGCGACCUAAACUACUUGUAUCGUCCUGCACCUUGUGCUUCAUUUCAAAAACGCAGGGACAGCGAUGUAGGAGAGAUUGGCUGGGGCCAGUGUUUAGGCCAUUAUCUAAAUAGAACAAAUCUCUUCAGUGGCAUGCAAAUCAAGCGAGGGGAAUUCCGAGACCGUGCUGAAGAUAAAGUGACUCAUCGUUAUCAAAAUCCUUGGCAACCUCCUCCUCCUGUACUUGAUCGCCAACCACUUAGCAGAGCCUUCCUGGCAUGGCCCUUUAAAAAAAGAAGAUUGGGGCCCAUUCACACUUCGGAGUCAUCCUUAUUUGAUCCAGCAGUGGAUUGUGAGCCAUUACCACCCUGUGAAGAACCUGUUGCUGUUCCAGUCGGCUAUGAUGAACAACUUGUCGUCAAUAGCUCUUAGUUCAGACAGUUAUAGUUUCUCAUUAUUUUCUCAUCUUUCUUUUUUCCAAAUUGAUGACUGAAAUCCAAUGAAAAUGUUCAGCAAGCUUAAUAUAUCAAUUAGGUUUUAGUUUUCAAAUAGUAUGUGAUUAAUUGAAUCACUGUAUUACAUUCUAUUUUAAAAUGAUCAGAAAAUAUCUAUUAACUAUAUUCAUAAUUUCCAAGCAUAGUUCCAGCACUGCAGACAAAGAACGAUGUCACAUUAGAAACGUUCUCACUCUGCUUACUUUAAUAAAUUCAAUUAUUCAGAAGCUCAUUCAAUAAAAAAAUAUUCAAGUUA